AUGCGGCUCGACAGGCGGUCGUCGCCCCUUAUUCCUCUCCUCCUGACUGCCCCAACGCUGUCAGCGGCCUUUUAUCUUCCAGGUGUAGCGCCAACCUCCUACGAUGAAGGCCAGUCCGUACCUCUUUACGUGAACCACCUUACCCCCGGGAUUGCGCAGCAGGACGAGCAACUUCAUUCUGUAUUCUCGUACGACUACUACCACCCAGCGUUCCGGUUUUGCGUUCCAGAAGAUGGCCUGAAGGAUGUCCGAGAGUCGCUUGGGAGCAUUUUGUUCGGGGACAGAAUUCAGACGUCGCCGUUCGAAUUGAAGAUGGGCAAGAAUGAAACCUGCAAAGCGGCUUGCAAAGAGGUCGUGUUCGACUCGAGGAGCGCUAAGUUUACCGACCGGAGGAUAGCGCAGGGCUAUAACAUCAAUUGGCUGGUAGACGGGCUGCCGGCCGCUCAACAAAAUCCCGGGACCGAACCUCAGGCGUACACCCCCGGCUUCUCCCUCGGCGAGUUGGAUGAGAGCGACAGGCCCGUCUUGCAUAACCACUUUGAUAUUCUCAUCGACUAUCACCCGGUGAAUGUUGGAAACAAGGAGAAGUAUCGAGUCAUUGGCGUUCUCGUCCAACCGAGUUCCCGAAGCGGCUCGCAUGUCUCCGAAGAUGGAACGCCCAUUUGCAACGAGGAAGGACCAAUCUAUUUGGAUGAGGAUGGUGAAACCUCCGUGGCGUGGACUUACAGUGUGGGCUGGCGGGAGUCAUCUACUCCAUGGGCAACUCGGUGGGACAAAUACUUGAAGGUCCAAUACCCGAAAAUCCACUGGUUCUCGCUUGUCAACGCCGCCGUCUUCGUCAUUUUUCUCGUCGGAAUGGUCAGCAUGAUUCUUGUUCGGGCUCUCAAGAAGGACAUUGCUCGAUACAACCGCCUGGACUCGUUCAACCUAGAUGAUUUGGACGGAACAUCCGCCGCCGUCGAGGACGGUAUUCAAGAGGACUCAGGCUGGAAGCUGGUGCAUGGAGAUGUUUUUCGAUGCCCGCAGUCUCCCUUGCUUCUUAGUGUCCUGGUCGGUAACGGAGCUCAGCUCUUCAUGAUGACAGGCGCCACUGUUGUUUUUGCGAUGUUUGGCCUCCUGUCUCCCGCGAACCGAGGUUUCCUCGCCACUGCCAUUCUGCUCAUCUACACCCUUUUUGGAUUCAUCGGAGGCUAUGUCUCAGCAAGGGUCUACAAAGCGUUCGGUGGUGAAUCCUGGAAGCGCAACAUCAUCAUGACUCCGUUACUGGUUCCGGCGUUCAUUUUCAGCAUCUUCUUCUUGCUCAACUUAUUCGUCUGGGCGAAGGGCUCAAGUGGCGCCGUGCCGUUCGGCACAAUGCUUGCCCUUGUGCUGAUUUGGUUUGUGAUCAGUGUACCAUUGAGUUUUGCCGGCAGCUGGAUUGGAUUCAAGCAGCGGGUUAUUGAAGGACCCACGAAAACGAACCAAAUCCCUCGGCAGAUUCCGCCCAUGACCGGAAGCCUCAAGACUGUACCAUCGCUCUUUUUGACCGGCAUACUUCCGUUCGGCGCAAUUUUCGUGGAGCUGUACUUCAUUAUGACUUCUCUCUGGACCAACAAGAUCUACUACAUGUUUGGCUUCCUGUUCUUGUGCUACGGCCUGAUGGUCGUUACCACCGCCGCUACAACGGCUCUGCUGGUCUAUUUCCUCCUCUGCGCUGAGAACUAUCGGUGGCACUGGAGGGCGUUUGCCGGUGCUGGAAUGACCGGUGUAUACGUUUUCCUCAACGCGCUACUGUUCUGGGCGACUAGGGUGAGCUUCGGUGGUCUCAUUGGGGCUGUGCUCUAUGUAGGAUACUCUGCAUUGAUUGGGUUUGUUGUUUUCAUCCUUACCGGCUCCAUCGGUUUCUUCGCCAGUUGGCUCUUUAUACAACGCAUUUAUGGCUCAAUCAAGGUCGACUGA